ACAACGUGCUGAAGGGAAUUUGCUGGUCUUACCAACAGAGAGAAGACAGCACCAUGGCGGCAACACUGUGUCAGGUCAUGGGCUUCCUCCUGAGCUUGCUGGGUGUAGCUGGAAUAAUUGCUGCUACAGGAAUGGACCAGUGGGCCACACAAGACCUUUUUGACAACCCUGUGACAGCUGUCUUCUCAUAUUCGGGCCUGUGGAGGUCCUGCGUCCGGCAGAGCUCUGGCUUCACUGAGUGUCGCCCGUACUUUACCAUUUUGGGACUGCCAGCCCUCCUUCAAGCUGUGCGCGCCUUGAUGAUCGUUGGAAUCGUGCUCGGCGCAAUCGGCUGCUUGGUCGCCAUAUUUGCACUGAAGUGCUUGAAGAUGGGAAAUAUGGAGGAAAAUAUCAAGGCCACUAUGACUCUGACAUCUGGGAUCAUGUUACUUCUUGCAGGAAUCUGCGGCAUUGCAGGGGUGUCAGCCUUUGCCAACUUAAUUGUGCAGAGCUUUCGGUUCACAACGUUCACGGAGGGUGGGUUUAAUGGGCUCGGAGGGGGGAACUUGGGUGGACUCACUGGUGGUCUGCUUCCAACGUAUACUUUUGGCCCUGCCCUCUUCGUGGGCUGGAUAGGUGGGGCAAUCUUGUUUAUCGGUGGAAUCAUGAUGUGUUUGGCCUGCCGUGGGAUGGUCCCUGACAGGAAACAGCGGUAUGAUGGGACGGCCUACAAAGCUGCCUCGACGCACCACACCAUCUACAAGUCUGAACCGAGACCUCAGCGGGUCUUAAAUGAGACCUACAGGGCCCCCAGUGUUGAGGGAAGACAAUCCCACCAGAGAUUUGACUAUGUGUAGAGUUGCACGCCGCCAUUAAGAAGGCUAUCUCCUCAAAGCAUUUUUUAAGACUUAAUUUCAGUUGUGCAAAUACCUCUCUUUUGUAUUCUAUUACUGUGUGAUGGUCUGUGUAUUUUGUUUGUUCUCUGCUUGUGUUUUUGCCUCCGCACAUGCAAACAGUUUUUUUUUAAAAUGCUCUGUACGCCGAGGUAAUGGAUGCCAUUAAGUUCUUAAGUAAAUGUUGUAGUUUAUAGUAGAUCACAUGAAACCAUAUAUCAUAACACUGACUGUGUUGUUUAGGGUGUUCGUCAAGUAAAUUGAUUAAUUUUAUAAUGUACAUUAUGAUGGCAGUAAACAGUGUCAGAGAAGCACAGUAGAAACAGGCUCUGAGAAACUGCAGUCUGAUUAACAACCUUAUAUAUAACGAUUACUAUCAUACAAUAUUACAGCUACACCUCCAGACAGGUUUGAUUUUGUUGCUGAUAAAUUGAUUUGUUAUUUCAUUUUAUUGAAGGGCACAUUUUGUGUUUAUUAUCACUGAUCAAUUGUGUUUUUAUGAAGAUGUGGUUAAUCAGACAUUUUUUUUUCAUUUGGCUAAUGAGCACGCUGCAUAUUUUCUCUUGCAAGCUCUAUUCUGUCAGAAUGAAUAGGAAAUUCAAUAAAUCAUUG